AUUAGUUUUAAUAUUUAGAUAUUCAUAUUAAUAAUUUUAGAUAGCAACAGAAUGAGUGUUUCAACUUCGUAAUUAGGUUAUCUCUCAAAAUUUAAAUAGCGCGCUAUUGAUAAAAAACAACCACUUAAAGAUGCGAUUCAGUAAAGUAAAGCACUAUUAAGCAAUUAGAUAACUCUUUCAGAGGCAAUUAAGAAAUAUCCUUAGUGUGCAGAUGAAUUUAAAAUUAGAUUAGUUCAGAAAUAAAUUAAAGAAAUUGACAAAGUUCCAACUUUUUAUAAAAAAAUUGAUACAUUAUAUAUAAGCAAUAACAGCAUAAAAACAUUGGAUGGAAUAGAAUAAUUCACUCAUUUACAACACUUAUCGAUCACUAACAAUAAUCUAAAAGAUAUUUCAAUGAUUAAGCUUAUUAGAAAGUUAGACAGCUUAGAAAGUCUGAACAUGUCUGGGAAUCCUGUAACUAAACAUCCAAUUUACAGAUAACUCAUUUUAACCACACUUCCAAAUUUGCAAUAACUUGAUGGAAAAGUUGUCACUAAAGAAGACAAAUAAAUUGCUGAAGUUUAACUUAAAAAGUAAAAUUCACUUCUUGACCUGAUUCUCAAUAAUUACAUAGAAAUAAGAAAAUUGAAUUAUAUUUCUAAAAAACUUGACUUACAUUAGUAGCUUGGACAAAACCAUUUUUAGUUUAUUAAUUAUCAUCCUCAAUUUUAAAAUAUGCCUGUCAAUUUGUAACAGAUAAAAAAGUAAUAUGAUUUUUAGUCUGACUUCCCUUAGUAUGUCAAAGAUGAAAUGGUUGAUAAUAUAAUGUCUGAUAUUUUAACCUUGUACGAAUCAUUAAAUUAACUGUAAGGAGAAUAAGAAUAAAAUUAUGAAAAGGCUUUUACAGAGUUAUUGAUGAAAUAACAAUAAUUGAUGGCUCAAUUAAAUAUAUAAUGUUAGUAAUAGGUAGAUAAACUAAACUCAUUAAAAGCAAACAUAAAAGUUAAACAUAAAGAGCAACCUUUUGCAUCAUCUCAAUAUUCUUAAUUCAAUUCUACUUAAAGAUCUUAAUAGUUCUAAGAUUAAUAGUAAGUUUUGUAUUCACCUAAAGUUACAAAAGAAGAAAUUCGUACAAAAUCUCCACAAUAAGAACAAGAAUAUAAUUAAAAUACCUUGUAUUACAGAUCCCUACAAAAAAGCUUAAAGGGAUAAAAAUAAGAGGAAGAAGAUUAAAAGCACAAAACUUAAUCAACAAAAAGGUCACAAUCACCAAAUAGAACAAUUCCUGUUCCACUUUCAUAAGAAGGUAUCCCAACAAGCAGCAAAAAAAUUACUUAAAAAGUAAGAAAAUAAUAAAUUUAAGAAUAAGGACUAAAUUCUUCAAAGAAAAGUAUUGAGAAUAUCACAUUUUAAUAAUCAAACAGCAACAGAAAUUAUCAUAAAUAGAAUUUAAAUUCUUAAAAUUAAGAUUGUUGUCGUAGAUAUAUGAACUAAGAUGACCAUUCUUUAGAAGAAUUUAAAAAGUCUUAGUCAUCUCGUUCACCUUAUCGUUAAACUAAUAAUGAUUUAAAAGGAAUAAUUAGUGAUUUAAAUUAAGUUGUGUAAUAGAAAGAAGACGAACUUAAAGAACUUUAAUUUAUUAAUUAAAAAAUUUUAGAUGAAUAGUAAGAAAAAGAUAAAGAAAAAAUUGAGCUAUUAGAUUUUGCUUAAAGAAGGAUUUAAGAUAUGUAAGAUAGGGAAAUAGGACAAAAUGAGAUUGAAUUCGAAAUUCAGGAGUUGAGAUAGUAAAUAAAUUAGUUAAUGCAAAAGAAUGUUGAUUUAGAGAAAGAGGCAUAAGAAAAAUCAGAACUUGAAAGAUAAAUCAUGUUUAAAGAGGGACAAAUUCAAGAACUUGAUUACAGAAACUAAAUUGAAGAAAAAGCAGAAGCUUUUAAUGAAAUAAGAUUAAAAAAGUUAUUGAUGAAAUAUUUAGGUUUUGCAGUUUAAACAGAGUAAAAAAUAUAGUAAUUCAGAGCAAAGAAAUUAUAAGAAUAAUCUGACUACUUACAAAGUGAAUAUUUUAGAGCUUGGUUGAGGAGAGUCAUUGUAAAGAAAUUUGAAAAGGCAUAUAUUUAUGAAUAGAAAUGCACCUUGUAAAAAAAGAUGCUUACAACAUGGAGAAAAAAUAUUAUUUUCUAGUAGAGAUUGUCUAUCAUGAAGGAGAAAAGAUAAAAAAUAUGUUUGAAAAAAAGUAUGAUAUGUUGGAAGCAAAGCUAACGAAUUUAGCAAAUAAAAUAGCAGAAAAAAGAAAAAAUCUUGAAGAUUUUCUAAAAAAAGGUACAAUUGAAAGCUUUUAAGUGUUUACGUUCUAAUUUAUUAGCAAGUAAAAUAAAUCCUAUUAAAGAAAGAAGAUUAAUGGAUUAAGCCACCAACUUUUACAAUAAAAAGUUAAGAUGCAAAAUGUUUGAGUAGUGGUAAAAUUACUAAUAUGAUAUAGUUAUUCCUUAGAAAAAAAGAAUAUAACAUAUUUAAAAAUCUCUCUAGUUCUAGUAAAUGCAAAGAAUCUUUAAAGUAUUUCAAUAAAUUCGUUUGCAAGGUAGAUAAAAUUUGCUUACUGCAAGAUAAUAUGAGACAUUCUAAAUUAAGAGAUUUAAAAACUUAAUUUUCAAGCGCUGGAAAUAAAUUUAUUUAAAGAAUAGAACUUAGAAAGUAGAAUUUUAAGCUUUAGUUAGACACAAUUCUUUGAAAUCUAUGUUUAAGCAAUGGAGAAACUCAUUUUUAGAUAGCAGAAAUAGCAAGAAAUAGACCUUAAAGGUUCUUAAUUAUCUAAGAAAAUAAAUUUAGGCUAAAUACUUUUAAGCAAUUAAAUAAUAUCGCAAAAAUAAGAUUGAAGAAAGAGCUAAAUAUGAUCAAGUGUAGAAAAUCACUCAAUCCAAUUUUUAUAAGUAUUGUUUCAAGUAAUGGUACUUGAGAAUGAUACCAUUAAAUGCUGCAAGAUAAUAGUAAGUUAAAAAUAAAGCAAAUUUAAUUGCUAAAUGUUUUUAUCAAAUUAAAAACUAUGCUAAAAGAUCAAUUAAAAAGAAGUUCAAUCAAAUUAAUUUAGAUAAUUAUUUAGAUUUUAAGCAAAAAAAAAAAUUGAUUUAAAGUUUUAAUGAUUUCAAAAAGCACACUCAAUAAGAAAUUAGAUUGAAAAAAUUAGUUAUUAAUUUUAGGAUAAACUAAAAAUUUAAGAUUUAUCGUAUAUUCUUGAAUGCUUUAGCAAGGGAAAAUAUCCUUAAGCAAAAAUAGAUUUUAUAUCAAAUGAACCAUGAAUUAAAGCUGAAUGAAACAAAUAUAAAUUCUAGCUCUGAAGUUAUUCGUUCUUAUGAAAACGAAAAAUAGAAUUUAAUUUAUGAAAUUAAUUAGUUAAAAGAAGAAAAUUUUGGCUAAAAACUAGCUAUUGAAGAGUUUUAGCAAAUUCAGAUUAAAUGUAACUCUUAAUUAAGAUCAAUUGAGAGAUAAGAAAAAAUAUUUAAAGAAGAAAAAGAAGCUUAUGAGUUAAGAAUAAGGGAUUAUGAAGAAUUGCUUAAAUAAAUCCAUUCAGAAUAUUAAAAAUAAAUUCAUUAAAAAGACAUAGAAAUUCAUGAGUCUAAAAAUGAAACCAGAGCCGUCUAAAAGUAAAUAUCUAUCCUCCAAAGAGAGCUUGAAUUUAAAUAAAAUACUAUUUUGGAAACUGAAAAAGCUUUACUUAAUAGAGGAGAAUAAUCCUCUAUACUUCUGAGAGAGACAGAAAAAAAAUUAUAGAAUUCAAUAAUGAUGGCUAAUGAGUUUAAAACUAAAAUUGAAGAAUUGUAUUCAGAAAAUGAAGAAUUAAAAGAUUAAGUAUAUGGAAAAGAUUUGGACAUUGAAUAAUUGAAAUCUAAAUUAAAAGAAAGUUUAGAUUUAAUCAGAGAGUCUUCUGACAUGUAUGAUUAAAAAAUAAAUGACUUCAAUGCAAUUAUUGAAAGCAAGAAUACACAAAUAUAGGAAUUUAUAGACAAGCAAAUCCGAUUCUAAGAAUAAAUUAAUGAACUUUAACAAGAAUUAAGGAAAUAACAUUUAGAACUAGAACUAUUUUAGGAUAUACAGCCAAUGCUCGAACAUCCUCAAGUGAAUUAAUAUUAUUAAGAAUACUAAGAUCUUUAGAACGAGCUUGAUACUUAGAGAAAUAAUUUGAAGAAGAGAAUGGAUAAACUAAAUAGAAGCAUUAAUUAGAUUUAAGAUAUUGAUAGAAGAGUUAAGAAUUAGACAUUAAGAGACUAAAAUUAAUAAUAUGAAAGGACAAGUCCGCUCUAUAGCAGAUAGGGUUCUCCAAUGAGUGAAAGGAUUAUAAAGGAAUAAGAAAAUACUGGAAAUGUUUUAAGAAAUAGUGGAAUUAGCACUAUUAAAAGCUACUAGCCUUAAUCCGAAAUGCAAGUUAAUUUUAGAAGUGUGGACACCUUUUCUAAUUUUCACAAUCAGAGUUAUCACAAUACUUAUAAUCUACAUUCUGUCGAGGAUGUUCAUACAGCUCCUGCAUAAAGAAUUCACACAGACCCUUCUAAUGCUAGAGAAGCUCAUUAUUAAGUAGAAAGAAAUGCCUUAACAAGAGCAAGUUAUGAUCCUUACAAUCGCUUUGGUGAAGAAAAUUUUGCUACUUACGAAGACUGUGAAACAGCUGAAUAAAUUCAUGAAGAGUUAGAAAGAAACAAAGCUAACAGAAAGUUAUUUAAGCAAAAUAUAGAAAGAAGGAUAAGCAGAUUAGAAAACAAUAUCGAUAGAGAUUUAGCAUAAAACGAAAGAAAUAAAUCAAGGUCUUAAUCCCCAGAAAACUACUACGUAUAAAACUGA